CAGGGAGAUGUGUGCAGUUCCUCUGUACUCUCAUUCAGUGGAAAGUGGAGGUCAGAUGUAAACGGGAGACGAAGAAAUUGCUUUUCCAAUGUGGACAAGGUCAGAGUAAAGAGUGAACAUCGUGAAGUCUCUGCAAAUGGAGCAACCGUCCUACGGCGAGGUGAAUCAGCUGGGCGGCGUGUUUGUGAACGGGAGGCCUCUACCGAACGCCAUUCGCGUGCGCAUCGUGGAGCUCGCGCAGCUCGGUAUUCGACCGUGCGAUAUCAGCCGGCAGUUGCGGGUCUCUCACGGCUGCGUGAGCAAGAUCCUGGCACGUUACCACGAGACAGGUUCGGUGCUGCCGGGUGCAAUAGGCGGCAGCAAGCCGCGCGUGACCACACCCAACGUGGUGAAAAGCAUACGGGAGUAUAAGCGCGCGGACCCGGGUAUGUUCGCCUGGGAGAUUCGAGACCGGCUGCUGGCCGACGGUGUGUGCGACAAGUAUAACGUGCCGUCGGUGAGCUCCAUCAGUCGCAUCCUGAGGAAUAAGAUUGGGAACCUGUCGCAGCCCGGACAGCACGAGACCGGCGUAAAACCUCACGCCCCGCCGAUUCCUUACAGUCCGAUGUGCGCUUAUCCCUACCCCAACGCCAUCUCCCCUACUGGCACAAAACUCGGCGGCCCUCCUGGUGUCGGUGUCGGUCUGUCUCGGGCCUGGCCUUCAGUGCACACCGUCAGCAAUAUUUUAGGGAUACGAGCUUUCAUGGACCCUUCAGCCAUCGCUGGACCCGAGGGAUAUCAGCAGAAAAUGGAGGAGUGGCCAUGCGUAAACAGAACUUCAUUUCCCCCGCAUACAGUUAACGGCAUUGACAGAUCAUCUAUAGACACAGAUAUAAAAUACAAUCAGUCUCCGUCGAGUCUUAGCGGAUAUAUGCCCCCCUGCCCCUAUUCUUCCCCCAGUCAUUACGGGGGAAACUAUGGGCAUCACUGGCAGCCUCAGGGAACAGGUCUGGCGCACAACGACUCACACCUUCACACUGCCAUGAACUUCAAACCUACAUCAAAUGUGGCAGACAGAAAACCCCCGAGUACUCUGAUUAAGCAGCAGCAGCAGCAUGAGGCACUGAGCAGCGUUCACAACCUGGUCUUACCCACUUCAGCCUCAUAAACACGGACACACGCCCACACAGUUCAAAUGAACGCAUCUCCUGUUGUCCUAUUUUAAAAUAGUAAGUAAAGCUACGCCGUAAAUGUUCAGUGAAAUUCUAAACUGGUAAAAAGAAAAAAAAAAACACGAGCGCAGGUUGUUAUAUAACUUGGAAAAAUAUUUUAAUUGUGAAGGUCAAGUGCGUGUAAUGAACUUCUCCUGAAAUGACAUAAGUGCGUCAUGAAAUUGGUCACCUCACUCAUUUAAAUUGCUAUUACAGGACAAAAAAAAGUUUUUACAAUAAUUAAUUGAUAAUCUUUAAAACAAUUAAAAAUGUACAUUUCGAAUAUUGAAAGCUUUGGCAAACAUGACAAAAUGAGUAAUUUUAUCUAGUUAUAUACUUAAGGUUAUUUUAAUGUUUAUGAUUGCAUUACUUGAAAACUUGUAAAAAGCAUCAAAACAUUCGUUAACUAGGUAUUUAUAGUAAUUGAGCCUGAUGCUCCAACCAACUGCUAUUGUUUCUAAAUAAAACUCAGGAAACAAAAGUAUAUGUCAGCCUGCAGCUAUAACGUAAAAGUAAUAAAGUAAUAUCGAAUAUUCGUGAUAUUUUCUAAAAAUUCAUUUAAAAGUUACAGUCUGUUCUGGGUGGUGUUGGAUUAUUGAGGAUUUUUAACAUUUGGCUUAAUUUAACAUAGCAUCCUUGAUUCCUGUCUCUAUCAGAGGGAAAGUUCAGGAAAAAGUGGGUUAUUAUACUAGUAUAACUUUAAUUGUAUAGAAAGUUUGAAAUGGGUUAAAAUCGGUUAUUAAUUUAAUUUUAAUUGCUGGAACUGUGGACCACAGGUGAUUUCUGCAAUAUUUGCAGUCAGUUUUGUUUCUUUGGACAGUGUAAUGACAUUUAAUUUUAUACUUUUAAUUAACAAUAAAUGAUAAACCUAAAAAAUACAAUGAAAUUGUUGUGUUAAAAAAUGGUAAAUCUCUGGCAGCCUAUGUCUUGUGAAUAUGGAUUUUUUUAUUUACCUAAAACUAUUAUUAAUUAUACAAUUAAGCAUAAAUAUAUACCUUAUAUUAAUAAUUGUAGGCUGAAUUCAAAAUGCAAUGACAAAGGUGAAACUUUUUUUUAUUGUGAUGCCCACAAAUCCUAGAUACAUUAUUUAUAGUCAAAAUUCAUCUGUGUCUAAUAAAAGCAUGUUCAAAAGAAA